GCAAACGCACGCUUUCGUCCGACCGCUGAUCGACUCCGAUUCGUCCGAGCUCCGUAGCCCUUGCCCUCCCCCUCCCUUCCUUCCUCCUCGUCGAAGGAAAGAAUGGAAUCCGUUUGCCGACUCCGUCUCCACCCCACGCCUGUUCACCUCCCCCUCUUCUCCCGCCCCGCCUUCUCCAAACCCCUCCUUCCCCUUAAACCCUUCUCCCCCAAACCCAGACGCCACCUCUCCCUCCGCGCCUCCUAUACUGCCCCCAUCCCUUCCCGCAAAACCCUAGACCCCCUUUCUUCUCUCCUGCGCCCCGCCGGCGUCGUCCUCGCCGCCUCCGCUGCCCUCCUUCUCGCCCGCUUCCACUGCCCCGCCCCCGCCACCGCCGUCUCUCCACCUCCUGCCACCGUCCAAUCCGACACUCUUACCGAAGAUGAGAAGGAACGCACCCUCGAGGAGUACCUCGACUCCCACCCCGACGACGUCCGCUCCCUCCGAGCCCUGAUGGAGCUCAAGGUCAAGUCCCGGAAGCUCCCCGAGGCAAUCGACAUCGUCGACCGCCUCAUCGCCCUCGAACCCGGCGAGAGGGACCUCCCACUCCUCAAGGCCCACCUCCGGAACUACAGCGGCGACGCCGAGACCGCGAAACAGGGGUUCGAGGAGGUCCUCCAGCAGGACCCCUUCUGCGUCGAGGCCUACCACGGGCUCGUCAUGGCCGCCUCCCAGUCGGAGGAGUCCUACGCGGAGCUGGACGGCAUUCUGAAGAGAGUCGAGGGGGCCUUGGAGAUGUGCAAGAAGGCAAAGAAAAAAGAGGACUUGAGGGAUUUCAAGCUGCUGGUCGCUCAGAUCAGGGUCAUCGAAGGGAAGUAUGAGGACGCUCUCAAGAUAUAUGAAGAAUUGGUGAAGGAGGAGCCGAGGGAUUUCAGGCCUUAUCUGUGCCAGGGGAUUAUAUAUACUUUGUUGAGGAAGAAGGAUGAGGCCGAGAAGCAUUUCCAGAAGUACCGAAGGCUCGUUCCAAAGGGUCAUCCUUAUGCACGGUACUUUGAGGAAAAUAUGAUGGCGAUGAAGAUUUUUGGGCAGAUGGAGGAGAACAAAAGAACAGGAUCUUUCAAGAGCUGAGGGGUUAUUGCAAAACACCAAGCAAGGCUCUUGCAUGCAUGCUUAUUUAAAUGAUAGUAUCUUAAAGUACCUGACGCCACUUUGGUUGUUUAGAAUUGGAAUUAGAAAACUUAAACCAAUUUUCAAUUAGGAACACAGUGUUCUCAUUGGUACUCAACUACAAGCUUGGUCAGGGUAUCUUAUCUAUUGCUGGGGCUUAUGCAUCUAGGAUCCUAGAUAGGUGCCUAGUCAGCUCUCAAGAGUAUAAUUGCCAAAUGAACUACUUCAAUGUAUGGUGAUUCUAAGCUGUUCAAAACAUCAGUUUGUUCUUGUUUUGUCUACAUUAACUCAGAGGGCAUUUAUAUGUUAUUUUCUUUUUGUAUCAUACCUAUGUUCUUCUAGUUUAUGCAGAAGUGGAGGGAAGGAAAUGAAACUCGGAAUAAUUUACAUCA